AGGCAGCAACACCUCCGAUAGUUCUAUUCGUUCAUCUAGAGCACGCUCUGGAAUUACGCAUAUCUCCACGGCUUCUUGAGUUCCCCCGCCCAGCGCCUGCUCGUCCGCCGUCGCGUUGGCCGUGUUGUUGGAAGCAGUGAUAGGGUGAUAGUAACGUGUCAACCUACGUGCUUCUCCGACUGAUUCCUCCUCCAACACAUCUCGAAGCAACAAUGGCGAAAGGGUCGCUCAAAAGCAGAAUCGAGGGCAACUCCCUGGACCUGAGUCUCAGCGAGCUGACAGAACCACCUGUGAAGGAACUCGCCGAGCUGCCCAAAGCCACCCGGCUAGACCUGUCGUGCAACAAGAUAGCCAGUUUGCCGGACGCCUUCUGCUCGCUCGUGCACCUCAAAGAAGUGGACCUGAGCAAGAACCGGUUGAAAGAGCUGCCCGCCAACUUCGGCAGGCUGAACAACAUUCAGCGACUCGACCUGUACGCGAACAACCUGACGACGCUUCCGCUGAGCAUGUGCCGCAUGAAGAACCUGCGCUGGCUGGACCUCAAGGACAACCCCCUGGAACCGCGCCUCAAGGCCGUGGCCGGUGACUGCCUCGACGAAAAGCAGUGCCAGCAGUGCGCUAAAAAGGUGGUUGAGUACCUCCAAGCUCAAGCUUCCGAGGUGGAAAGAGAAAAGCAGAAGAAGUUGAAGGCACAAAGAGAACAAGAAGCAAUACUGAAAGCGAAACAGGAAAAAGAGGCAGAGAAGCAGCGGUUGGAGAAGAAGGCCGAACGGGAAAAGAAGAAAGCUGAACAGCGGCUGAAAAGGGAACAGCAACAUCUUCAGAAGCUCCAAAAGGAGGACACCUCUGCCCAGCAAAGGCAAAGCAAUGCCAAAUCGGGCCCAAAACAAACAAAGGGCCGGGACGCCGGAGGAGCCAAAAGAGGCGGAUGCUGUUCGGCAUUGCUGAAAAUGCUGCUCCUGGUCCUUUUCAUGGCCAUCUCGUUGUUCAGCGCCGCAGUGGCGUUCUCCUUCUACAAACAUAAAUACCCUCUGAGCUGGCCUUAUCUUCAAGAGGUGGUGGAGAAUCACUGGCACGUCGUCUGUGUCCAAGCAGGGCAUAGCUCAAACAUAGCUGCUGCACAGUUUAAGGUUUGGUCUAAGGCUGCUGUGCAGUGGAUGCAAUCGCUACAGGCCAAAUGGGCAACUCAGUCAAAGAACUGACCACCACUUUUUUUUCUUUCGCUUGGUUUCUAGGAUGCAGUUUUCAUCGACCGCGACUGUGUACAUAUGACAAGUUUGUGUAUGGCCGUUGGGCUGUACGCUUUACACUGGCGAUAAUAUGAUUAGAUCUUUACUUUACGACAUAUUUUUCUGUACCGCAUCCUUCGGAACGUUCAGUAAAACUGCGUUCACUCUAAAAACAAAAAA